UGUGCAAUGUAAUGUGUGCAAAAUAGAGCUCGCCUUCCACGGCAGCACAACGACCAUGCACGAGCACAUAAAGAGGAAGCACGUUGUGGCUUAUGACGAUGGAGACGAGGGACCAUCGUCUCGGUAAGCUAACUGGCUAGUUAGCUGCUAAUAUUAGCGUAAACAAACGCUUACAACGUUACAGUGAUGUGCUUGAAUAGGAAAUGUGGUAACGCCACUUUUAUCUAACGUUAUGUUUCAGUGUUAAAAAAGAACGUUCUUCUUCAAUGGACGACUUUGUUAUAAAGCCAGCUUCAUGCACACCUCAGCAAGCAAAUGUCCUGACUGAGUCCAUACUGAAAAUGUUGGUGACGGACAUGAGACCUCUGUCCAUGGUGGACGAUGAAGGGUUUAAAGAGAUGAUUAAACAGUUCAACCUGGAUUAUCAUGACAACUACCUACCAGGCAGAUCCCACUUCACCACACUGAUGGAGAAGAAAUAUCAUGCAACCUUUGAUAAGGUAAAGGAGACCUUCAGGGGUGUCAACAGUUUCCUCACACUGACUGCUGAUGUGUGGACCAGUCGUGCAACAGAGGCUUACCUUGGUGUGUCUUGCCAUUUCCUGACUGAAGAUUGGAAGAUGAAGACCCUCAACCUUUCCACCAUGCCUCUUGAGGAGAGGCAUACUGGUGCAAAUAUAAUGACAUGGAUGGAAGAGGUUUUAGCAAAGUUUGACAUCUUGCCCACCAAAAUAAAAGCAGUAGUUCAUGACAGUGGUUCCAACAUGGUGGCAGCAAUGAGACUGCUUGAAGAAAAACAUGGAUGGGCCUCUAUCCGCUGUGCUGGACACACACUCCAGCUCAUAGUCAACACUGCUCUCAAAGAAACCACCAUCAGCAGAGCACUAGGUGUUGCUAGGCACCUAGUGGAGCACUUCAAGAGAAGCGAGCUGGCUAGUACAAAGUUAAAGAUGAAACAGGAGCAAAUGAAUGUCAAGCAACAUGCACUGAUCCAGGAUGUCAGCACCAGAUGGAACAGUACAUUCCACAUGAUUGAAAGACUCCUUGAACAGCGCUGGCCUCUCACUGCCACUCUCUCAGAUCCUGACGUAACUCCAAGGGGGAAACACUACUUCGACCUGAAGCCAGAGCAAAAUUGA